UGCUCGGUGUCGUCCGUCCCACUGCCUGAACCGGAGAGAUCGAUAAGCUGUAUCCGCGCUGGUAUUGAUCACUCAGGUGUGUCAGAGGGUCUUUCUGCUUCGUCUCGUGCUGCUACCUGCCGGAGGAACAUGCUGCGCGUGCGGGCGGCGGUGAGCCAGGUGCGGAGAGGGUUCAGGAUGUUCCCUUGUGCAGCCGUGGAGGUGAAGAACGAGCCGAUCCUGGGCUUCAUGGAGGGGAGUGCAGAAAGGAAAGAGCUGCUGAAGGCCUUAGACAGCCUGAAGGGGAGGACGGAGGAGAUCCCCUGUGUGGUUGGAGAUGAACGAGUGUGGACCAAAGACAUCAGAUACCAAUUAUCUCCGUUCAAUCACUCACAUAAAGUGGCAAAGUUCUGUUACGCUGACAAGGAGCUCAUCAACAAAGCCAUCCUGGCGUCUGUGUCAGCGAGGAAGGAGUGGGACCUGAAGCCCGUCCAGGACAGAGCCCAGAUUCUCUUCAAAGCAGCCGACGUCAUCAGUGGACCCAAGAGAGCAGAAAUCCUGGCCAAGACCAUGAUUGGACAGGGGAAGACGGUGAUCCAGGCGGAGAUCGAUGCCGCAGCAGAGCUGAUCGACUUCUUCAGAUUUAACGCCAAACACGCCAUCGAGCUGGAGAAACAACAGCCGCUAAACGCCGAGGGAAGUACCAACACGAUGCUGUACCGCGGACUGGAGGGUUUCGUAGCAGCUGUGGCUCCUUUUAACUUCACUGCUAUCGGUGGAAACCUGGCAGGAACUCCCGCUCUGAUGGGUAAUGUCGUCCUGUGGAAGCCCAGUGACACUGCCAUGUCUGCCAGCUACGCUGUCUACAAUGUCCUGAGGGACUGCGGUCUGCCUCCAAACAUCAUCCAGUUCCUACCGGCUGACGGUCCGGUGUUCGGAGACACCGUCACCUCCUCUCAGCACCUGGCAGGCAUCAACUUCACCGGCAGCGUCCCGACCUUCAAGCGUCUUUGGAAGCAGGUCGCUCAGAACCUGGACACCUACAGGACCUUCCCUCGACUGGCUGGAGAGUGCGGAGGGAAGAAUUUCCACUUUGUCCACAAGUCUGCAGACAUUGAGAGCGUGGUGAAGGGGACGAUUCGCUCUGCGUUUGAGUACGGAGGUCAGAAGUGUUCAGCCUGCUCCAGGAUGUACGUACCCGACAGCAUCUGGCCGCAGAUCAAACAGCAGCUUCUGGACAUCCACAGACACAUCACAGUGGGAGACCCGGUGGAAGACUUCAGCACGUUUUUCUCAGCUGUGAUCGAUGACAAGUCGUUUGCUCGCAUUAAGCGGUGGUUGGACCGCACCAAGUCCUCUCCCAGUCUCAGGGUCAUCGCUGGAGGUCACUGUGACGACACCAAGGGUUACUUUGUGGAGCCGACCAUCAUCGAGACCACAGACCCACAGGACGCCAUCAUGAACGAGGAGAUCUUCGGGCCCGUCCUGUCGGUGUAUGUUUACCCUGAGAACGAGUACAAAGAGGUGCUGCAACUGAUCGACAACACGUCCCCAUACGCUCUGACGGGAGCCGUCUACGCUCAGGACAAGAAGGUGGUCGAGGAGGCAGCUAAAGCCUUGAGGAACGCUGCAGGGAACUACUAUGUCAACGAUAAAUCCACCGGCUCCAUCGUGGCUCAACAGCCGUUUGGUGGCGCCAGAGCUUCCGGAACUAAUGAUAAACCUGGAGGUCGUCACUACGUCCUCAGGUGGACAUCCCCACAGGUGGUGAAGGAGACUCAGGUUCCCCUCACAGACUGGAGGUACCCGUACAUGGGUUGAGUCCGGAGCCGCAGCCCGCCGGUCCACUCAGAGUCCGUCCCUCAAUCAAUCAAUCAAUCAAUCAAUCAAUCAUGACAACGCCCUCCAUCCCUCCAUCCCUCCCUCCGUCCCUCCGUCUUUGCACUGAACCUGGACGUGAAUGUAUUUGAGGUCUUCUAUCCAUCAGACUGUUAAUGUUGAGUUUUAUUUGUAGUCCAAUGAUCAGAAUAAUCUGUAACGAGUUUGAUGAUCGAUUAACAAAAGUUCAUUUUUAAAUGUCAGACUUGAGACGAACCUGAAACUGUUUAUUAAUACCUGGUAGAUUAAUCAAUAAUGAUUAUUAACACCUGGUAGAUUAAUCAAUAAUUAUUAUUAAUACCUGGUAGAGUAAUCAAUAAUGAUUAUUAAUAC